GAAGGAGGUGAAUUGUUCGUGUUGACUCCUCCAGGCCACACAAAGCACUAGAGUGCCGAAUAAAUUUAGUCAUUUACAUUGAAUUAAUCACAAAAACUGAGUAAAAACUACAAUAAAAGUGUUUAAUUUAACCAUGCCGAAUUUCUGCGCGGCUCUGCACUGUUCCAGGAUGAGUUCCCACUCUGUGUUGGCGUUCUUCAGGUUCCCGCGGGAUCCGGAGAGGUGUAAGAAGUGGGUAGAGAACUGCAGUCGGUCAGAUCUGAGAGAUAAAACGCCAGAACACCUGAACAAAUACCACAGACUGUGUGCCAGACACUUCGAGCCUGAUCUGAUCUUAAAAACUAGCCCAUUCAGGACAGUUCUAAAGGACACAGCGAUACCCACAAUCUUUGACCAUCCCACCCGCAAACGGGCAAAUGAACAGCAGGAUGAAGAAAACACGCCACAGGUUAAAGUUCAGAGAGUGGAGGAGAAUCAGGACAAGGAUGUGGAGAAGGCCACAGAAAGUGUUAACGGCCAGGACGCUCCUGAAGAACCCCAGCUGGUGGAAAAGAACUGGGAUCAGCGCGAGUAUCUGCGCUCCCUGUUUGACUUGGUGGUCAUGAUGGGGCGGCAGAACAUCCCCUUGCAGGGCCACUCGGACAAAGACCCGAGGAGCAAAGCCUUCACUCCCAGCAACAUCCAGGCACUGUUGGAGUUCCGCAUCAACGCAGGCGACGAUGCUCUACGGAGGAGGAUUGAGACGUCACCCGCCAGUUUGGAGUCCUGCUCGUCCACACAGCUGUAUCAGAUCUUGGAGGUGUGCGAGAGGUGCAUUUGCAAGGAGCUGCUCUCCGAGGUGAAAGAGGAACGCUUUUUCUCUUUGGUCAUGGAAAACGUUGUGGAUAUCGCCGGGGAGAGCAGAAUCCCCGCCUUCAUCCGCUUUGUGGAUCAGAACAACUGUCUGCGUGAGGAGUUUUUGGGAUUCCAGCUCUUUGAAGGUGAUGCUGAAAGCAUCGUCACAAACCUCUGUGUUGAGAUAUCAGAGAAAGGGUUGAGCAUGGAGGACUGCAGAGGGCAGGCGUACUUCAGCACCGGCGUCCACUCCGCCAAAGUGAAAGCCGUCGCUACCAAACUGAGCGAGUGCUAUCCCUUAGCGGUUCUCACUCCCAGCUCUGCCCACGCCCUAAACAUCAGCCUGGCCAACAGCAUGCACUUCACAAGCGUGCAGCUCGUCAUGUCCACCCUAAAGAGGAUCGACGCCUUCUUCAGCAGGUCUCCUUUUUUGCUGGAUCAGCUGGAGGGCGCCAUUUCGAUUUAUUACCAGGGGAACGAGGAGAAGGCAAACAUCCUCAAGCAUGUGUGUCAUAUUGACUGGACGCUGCAGCACGACGCCUUCGAGGUUGCUGUAGACCUCCUGGAGUCUCUGCUCCUCUGCAUGGACAGCAUCCACGACAACGAGGAGCUGAAGUGGAGCGACGAGAUCUCGCACGAGGCCUUCGUGGUCUCAGAGGCGCUGGCGGACUUCGAGUUUGUGAUGGCACUGGUGGUCUUGAAAAACACACUGUCGUUUUCCAGGGCGUUUGGGAGGAACCUUCAGGGGCAAACCAGCGAAGUCUUCUUUGCCGCUAACAGCUUGCCGGCCGUCCUGCACUCGCUCAACGAGGUCCUCGAGAACAUCGAGGUUUAUCACGAGUUCUGGUUUGAAGAAGCGGUCAACCUCGCUGCCGCCUUGGAGAUCCCCGUCAAAAUCCCCAGGCUCUUCUUUAGGAAGCAGCGUCCGGACGCUGGAGACGAGAUCCAACCCGAGACCUACUACAAAGUCCACUUGACGUUCCCGGUCGUCUCUCAGGUAAUAAAGGAGCUGAGCGAUUUCUUCUCUGCAAAUCACCUUAACGCGCUUCGGUCGCUGUCGUUCGUCCCGGCGAUCAUGUCACAGCUCAAGUUUAACACGGAGGAGAACAGUGCCGACGUCUACAAGAACGACCUUCCCAACCCCGAUACUCUUCCCACUGAGCUCAACUGCUGGAAGAUCAAGUGGAAGCACGGCACCAAGAACGUCACGCAGCCCUCCACCAUCUACGAGACGCUCCAGCUGUCUGAUGUCAAGUUUUUCCCCAACGUGUGUGCGCUCCUCAAAGUCCUCCACUGCCUCCCGGUGCUGUCGCUCAUAGAGGAGAAGUGCAGCGAGUCGAGGAGGCGUCUGACGGCAUACCUGCGGGACACGCCCCCCAAACACAGACACAAGAGCCUGGCACUGUUUAACAUCAACUGUGCCGUGAGGGUGGAUGUGGACCUGAUGAUGGAGGCGUAUCUCACAACGUAUCCAGACAGCGAGGUGACGGAGGAACCUGCAUGAAUAACACGACAGAAAUAAGAAUCAGUGCUUGAUGUAAUAUUCUAGAUUUUGAUGCAGAUUUGGAGGCGUGUUGUUAUGGGACCCAGGUCAGAGUUUAAUCAACCAAUCACAACCUCUUAUCACAUAACUCCUGGGCAUCAGCUUUAAAUCUUAUCUGCCAUUAACCUUCAUUAUUUUAUGUUCUUUUUUUUUGUUGUUGUUUAGUUUUAUUUUGCCUAAACCUACUUUUUUUUGCCUGUACAUUGUGUGUGUGUGUGUGUGUGUGUGUGUGUGUGUGUGUGUGUGUGUGUGUGUGUGUGUGGUAUUGAGAUGCACUGGAAGUGAAUCAGAACUGAAGACUCUUGUGUUAUUGUGUUGUUAAAAACCAUUUCCGCUAUUUUUGAUUACUCAAUGUGGAUUAAAUAAAUAUUUUUACUUUAGGCAUCACUGUGUGUGUCUGUAUGUGUGUGUGUGUGUGUCUGUAUGUGUGUGUGUGUGUGUGUGUGUCUGUAUGUGUGUGUCUGUAUGUGUGUGUGUGUGUGUCUGUAUGUGUGUGUGUGUGUGUGUGUGUCUGUAUGUGCGUGUGUGUGUCUGUAUGUACGUGUGUGUGUCUGUAUGUGUGUGUGUGUGCGCAAGUCAUGCACGAUCAGUUUCACUCCAGAAAAAGUAGAAAGUUUUACUACACUUCUGUUUAAUAUCUGAACUUUAUAAUAUCUGCUUUAUAAAUCUGCUGUAUUUUUAAUGUUUAGAUGAUUUUUACUAAAAUCACAGCCAACUUACUGAAGCAUGUCGUCAUUUUCUGAUUUUUAUAAAAGGUGUUUAAUCACAAACUAAUAAAUAA